UUUUCUGUUGCUUUUAUUUUCACGAUGUUUUGAUAUUUUGUAACAACAAUUAAUUAUUUGUAACUCUAAUUGAUGGUGUUUAAAUUUUGGUUCUUUUUUUAUCAUGAAACCGGAAAGUUCAUGUGAAUCAGAGGAAAGUGAAGAUCACCAAGGUGGAGGAUCCAAUAGAGGAGAUUCAGAAGAUUGGGAUGAAAGUGACGAUUCAAGCUCGUCAUCGGAUACAUCUGAGGACAAUAAUAGUGAACCAUCAUCUCCAGUCCGUAGACCCGCUGGUCGAUCAACUCGAACCUCUACCCGUAGAUCAACAGCAGCCUCUGUGGCAAGAAAAGCGCGUCAAACAACCACAAAUAACAAUAGAGGUAGAUCAAGACGCCGAAUGAAAAGUAGUGAGACAAGUGAAGAAAGUGAAGAAACCGAAGAAGAAGAUGAUGAUGAAGAUGAAGAUGAAGAACGUCGUGGUACCCGGCGACCUCAAAAGAUUGUCAGUUAUAAGGAAGAAAGUGACCGUACCGAUUCAGAUGAUCUGGUUGAGGUACAAUGGGAUGAAGCUGCUGAAGCAGCAGCCGCUGAAGCCGAAGCCGGAGAAACCAUUGAAAAGGUUAUAGCUCACCGUAAAGGUAAAAAAGGUGCUACCGGUGAUGCAACCAAACCAUAUAAUGUUGAAUUCAAUGGUGAUCCAAAUGAACCUGAAUGUCAUGAUGAGGAUCAACUUGAGGUGCAAUUUUUAAUCAAAUGGAAAGGCUGGUCUCAUCUUCAUAAUACAUGGGAAAGUGAGGAAAGUCUAUUAGAGGUUAAGGCUAAAGGUAUUAAAAAGAUUGAGAAUUACUUAAAACGUGAAGAAGAGGUUAACCUGUUACGAAAUUCAGCAUCACCCGAGGAGAUUGAAUACUUUGAUUGUCAAGAAGAAAUGGCCGAUCAAUUAUUAGCUCAACACAUGAAGGUUGAAAGAAUCAUUGCCCAUCAACCUUCCCGUGAAACUGAUACCUCUUACCCUGAAUAUCUGUGUAAAUUUGAAGGUUUGCCUUAUGCUGAAUGUACCUGGGAAGAUGGUUCACUUAUCCAAAGAAAAUUUCCCAAAAAAAUUGAAGAAUAUAAUAUACGUCAAAAAUCACAGAAAACACCGACUAAAUUUUGUAAAGUACUCAAAACCCGACCUAAAUUUGUUCCAUUGAAAAAAGAGCCUGAUUACCUUGGAGGUGAAAAUUUAUUAACUCUACGUGAUUAUCAAUUAGAUGGUUUAAAUUGGUUAGCCCAAACCUGGUGUAAAGAAAAUUCCGUUAUACUUGCCGAUGAGAUGGGCUUAGGUAAAACAAUACAAACAAUUUGUUUCCUUGCUUAUCUUUAUGAACAACACUCAUUAUUUGGACCUUUUCUCCUUGUGGUUCCUCUUUCAACCAUGGCCUCAUGGCAGAAAGAAUUUGAACAAUGGGCACCACAAUUAAAUGUCGUCGUUUACAUUGGUGAUAUAAGUAGUCGUAAUAUAAUCCGUCAAUAUGAAUGGUGUCACCCUGGUAAUCGACGUUUAAAAUACAACGUUCUUUUAACAACCUAUGAAAUCUUAUUAAAAGAUAAAAGUUUCCUUCGAUCUGUAAACUGGGCUAUCCUUGGUAUCGAUGAAGCUCAUCGAUUAAAAAAUGAUGAUUCACUUUUGUAUAAAACUCUGGUUGAAUUUGACACUAACCAUAGGAUACUUAUUACUGGUACACCUUUACAAAAUUCACUACGAGAACUGUGGGCACUUUUACACUUUAUUAUGCCGAUUCGUUUUAAUGAAUGGGAAGAAUUUGAGAAAGAGCAUGCUGAUUGUGAUACCAAGGGUUAUUCUAAAUUACAUAAACAAUUGGAACCAUUUCUUUUACGUCGAGUUAAAAAAGAUGUGGAAAAAUCUUUACCAGCCAAGGUUGAACAAAUUUUACGUGUCGAUAUGACGGCUUUACAAAAACAAUACUACAAAUGGAUAUUGACCAAAAAUUAUAAAGCUCUGGCUAAAGGAUUAAAGGGAAGCUUUUCUGGUUUCGCCAAUAUAAUGAUGGAAUUGAAAAAAUGUUGCAACCAUGCAAGUCUAAUUAGACCCAAUGAUGAAUCGAUUAGCAGUAUUGAUGCGGUAACUAAAAUAAUCCGUGGAAGUGGUAAAUUGGUUCUACUUGAUAAACUUUUGUGUCGUCUUCGUGAAACCGGCCAUAGAGUGUUAAUUUUUUCUCAAAUGGUCCGAAUGUUGGAUAUAUUAGGUGACUAUUUAACCUUACGAAGAUUUCCAUUCCAGCGUUUAGAUGGUUCAAUUAAAGGUGAACUUCGUAAACAAGCAUUGGAACAUUUUAACGCUGAUGGUUCAAUGGAUUUUUGUUUUUUACUUUCAACGAGAGCUGGUGGCUUGGGUAUUAAUCUUGCUACUGCUGAUACUGUAAUUAUAUUUGAUUCUGAUUGGAAUCCACAAAAUGAUCUUCAAGCUCAAGCUCGAGCUCAUCGAAUUGGACAAAAAAAUCAAGUAAAUAUUUAUCGUCUUGUAACAAAGAACAGUGUUGAAGAGGAUAUUAUUGAAAGAGCUAAAAGAAAAAUGAUUCUCGAUCAUCUUGUUAUUCAACGGAUGGACACAACAGGACGAACUGUGCUCUCUAAUAAUAAAGGAAGUAGUACCUCUAAUGUGACACCAUUUAAUAAAGAGGAAUUGGCCCAGAUUUUAAAGUUUGGUGCUGAAGAAUUGUUUAAAGAGGGUGAAGAAGGUGAAGAAGAACCUCAAGUUGAUAUUGAUGAAAUUCUGAAAAGAGCUGAGACAAGAGAGGAAGGACCAUCUUCAGCCAGUGAUGAGCUUUUAAGUGCUUUCAAGGUGGCCAGUUUCAAUUUUAACGAAGAGGAAGUGACCAACAUGUCAACGGAAGCAUUGGAAAAAGAUGAUGAAAAUGGUAAAGAAAAGGAUUGGGAUGAAAUUAUUCCUGAAACGGAAAGAGCCAAAGUUGAAGAAGAAGAGAAAGAGAAAGAGAUGAUUGAUCUUUUUCUACCACCGAGAAUAAGAAAAUCAGCCAAUCAACAAGCUCAUCCUUCUGAUAGUAAUGAUGAUUAUGAUCCAUCCAUGGCCAAAAGUAGAGGUGGUGAUUUUGGAAGUGAUGAAUCUGAAGGAGAAACUCGUGCUCGUCGUAGAGGAAGACCUCGUGCCAAUGCCAAAGAAGGGAUCCCUGGUUUUACUGAGACCGAGAUCAGGAGAUUUAUCAAAUGUUACAAAAAAUUUCCCGUUCCCAUGAAAAGAUUAGAUUCAAUCGCAAUUGACGCUGAAUUACAAGAAAAGCCAAUGGCGGAUCUUGUCAGAUUAGCUGAGCUUUUGCAAACUGGUUGUGAAAAUGCAAUUAAAGAAUAUCAAGCUAAACAAGCUAAAGAAGCUCAAAAUGAAGAUACAAACGGGACCCCACAACCAAAAAAGCCGGCUCAUAAUCGAGGUCCAAAUUUUAAACUCGGUGGUGUUUCCAUUUUUCCUAGGAACCUAUUAGGUUGUCAACAAGAGCUUGAACCACUCGAGAAAUUACUCCCAGCCACAUCUGAAGCCAAAAAAACAUGGGUCUUAAAGGCCAAAGUUAAAGAUGUAAGAGAUUGGGAUGUCCCUUGGGCCAUAGAAGACGAUUCUAAAUUAUUAGCUGGAGUUUAUGAAUAUGGAGUCGGGAGUUGGGAAGCGAUUAAAAUGGAUCCAUCGUUUGGAUUAGCUGACAAGAUUCUACCCGAUGGAGACCUUAAACCACAAGGAAAACAAUUACAAACUCGAGUUGAUUAUUUACUGAAAGUGUUACAAAAACUGUUAAUGGCCCAGAAAAUUAAAGAAGAAAUUUCCAAACCAAGGAAAAAAGGUCUUCCCAAAGGAUCUCGAUUAAAUGACAACAGUGAACCGGGUGGAAGUGGCCUAGGUGAAGAUGGAAGUAAAGUGAAAGGUGGAUUUCGUCGGGAUAAAUCUGCCAAAAAUAAAUCGAGUAACAAAGAUUCUGAUAAAAGUCAUGGAGAUAAUGUUAAUGGUCCACAUGAUGGUAAAAAGAAGAAAAAGAAAGACCACAAAAAGGAUAAAAAGAAAAAGAAAAGAAAACAUGACAUAUCAAGACAACCGUUACAUAUUACGGCAAAUGCUGAGCCUCAGAUAAUUGACAUCGCGGGUGACCUGGAGCCGCACAUAUUUGCCCAAUGUAAAGAAAAGAUGAGACCGGUGAAAAAAGCCUUGAAAAUGUUGGAUAAUCGUGAAGAAGGUUUAUCAACAUCGGAACAAUUAAAUCAUAUGAAACAGUGUUUAACCAAAAUAGGUGCUCGUAUUAAGGAUUGCAUGGAUGAAUAUAAAGAUGAUGUAGAUAAAUCUCGAGAAUGGAGAAACAGAUUAUGGACUUUUGUCUCAAAAUUCACUGAAUAUCCACCUAAAAAAUUGUAUAAAUUGUAUAAGUCAACAAUUAAGAAACCAGAUGAUUCAAGUUCCAGAGAUAGUGAUCAUUAUCCAACCUCAUCUAAAUCAUCAACCCAUCAUAAUCGUUAUAAUAGUAGUAGUAGUAGUAGAUAUAAACAUCGUCAUUCAUCACCACGAAAUCAUAGUAGUAGUAAAUAUUAUGGUAUGGAUGGUCCACUGGACGACUUACCUUCAAAUUCAUCAACCUCAAGUCAUCAUCAUUCACAAUAUUCUCAUCAUUCAUCAUCAUCAUCCCAUCAUCAUCACUCAUCUCAUCUUCCACCACCACCAUCAUCACAUCUACCUCUCGGUCCUUCAACUGGUCCCUCAAAACGUCCACCAAUGGGCAAUUUAUCCUCACCUUUAGGUACUCAAUCAAUAUCACCUAUGAAAAGACCUCGAAAUGAUUAUCCGCCCAGUGGUCGGAUUCCUCACCAUUCUUACCCUCCACCACCACCACCACCUUCACAUUCACCUUCCCUAGGCCAUCCUUCGGCAUCUAUGUUACCUGAUCAUCAUCUUAACAAUUAUGGUUACCAACAACAACAACGUUUACCACACAAUAUGGGACCUCAUCCUCAUCCAUCUAAUCAUCCGUCACCUUCUACACGUGCAUCUUGGGGUGGAGGAGGUGGUGGUGGUGGUGAAAGUGGAGGAGGUUCAAAUCAAUCAAGGUGUGAUAGUAAAUAUGAUCAUUCCGAGAGGCAAGACAGAUAUCGACCUUAUUCAAGACCUGGCAUCGAUAUUCCAGAUAAAAUGUAUCGUCAUUAACACACACACACACAUCAACACCAACAGCAUGUAUUAAAAUAAACAACAAAUCAACAAUGUAAAGAGACUUAUCCACCAUUUUGUCUUAAAUUUUGUCUUAUAUUUGUUCAGAUAUAAGUUAAACGCGGGAUGUUUCAAUAAAGUUUUUUGUACAAAUAUCAACUUAAA